UAUAAAUGUAAUGAAUGUGGGAAAGCAUUCCGGACAGAAAGGUACACUUAAUCGGCAUCUGUUAACACAUACUAGAGAAAAGCCCUAUAAAUGUAAUGACUGUGGUAAAACUUUCAGCCAUCGAAGUAGUUUUUGAGACAUCAGAUUACUCACACAGGAGAAAGUCCUACAAAUGUGGGGAGUGUGGGAAAGCCUUCAUUAAUUUUUCAUCUCUUUGUCGUCAUCAGAGAAUUCAUACUGGUGAGAGUCCUUAUGAAUCAAAGCAUGUGGGGAAAGUCUUCUUUGACCUCUCAUCCAUUACUCGGCAUCAGAGAUCUCACAAAGGAGAGAAACAUUAUGAAUGUAAUGAAUGUAGAAAAGGCUUUUCUACACAUUCAUCCCUUACUGAACAUGAGAGAAUUCAUACUGGAGAGAAACCUUAUGAAUGUGAUGAAUGUGGUAAAGCCUUUGUUAAUUGUUCAUCCCUCAAUCGGCAUCAGAGAAUUUCAUACUGGGGAGAGUCCUAUAAAUGUAAUGAAUGUGGAAAGCAUUCCGACAGAAAGGUACACUUAAUCGGCAUCUGUUGA